AUGAACAACAACUUCGACUGCGACAGCGACCUCGAGCUGAGCGACGACUUCAAGCUUGAGGCGAUGAUCUUCGGGCUGGGCUGCGAACAAAACGCAGAGGAGGCGUACGGCGUCCUCCUUGACCAAGUGGUGCCCCACGACGUCCAGGUCGACUACGACUACGAACAGGACCACAACGACGACGAUGACCACAACAACUACCUCGAUGGCCAGGUUUCGGUCAUUCCCGCCCACCAGCCGCCGGACCACGAAGCAGCCAUGGAAGCUGGCGAGGGGGAGGUGGCCCAGGUGGAGCCCCCGAACGCGGACAGUGCACCGACUUCGGCCGAAGUGGUUGCUGAGCAGCCGAACGAAUUUUCGGAUGCGGAUGUGCUGGGCUACUCGGGGCCGACCAUGGGCGAGAAGGGCACCAUCGGUUGGUUCUGCUUCUACGCCUUCAGGCGCGACCACGCCCGGCACCUCGAGCUGUACCGCCUCCGCCUGAUCGACCGUCGCAAGGGCCGGGUCAGGUGGGAGAUGCCCGCCGUGCCCAAGCUCUCCUGGGCUGUUCGGGGCAACGGUCCAAGUCGGAAGGUUAGGCAGGUGAAGCUCGCUUUCGAGCUGCCCAACACCACCUGCGCGCGCCGCCUCUUCCGAGCCGAGCUGGUCAGGGCCGCGACGUCCGAGACGCCCAGCAUGAGCCUGCAGCUGGGCGGCGUGUCGCUGGUGUCGACCACGAGCCAGCGCACCGAGAAGUGGUACGCGCGCAUCAACAAGCACUUCCCCGACGAGGCGCACAGGACCAUGGCGCACAACUACCGCCACCAGCCGAGGUUCGACCGUCACUUUGAGAACAACAAGGGAGCCCAUCAAGAGACCCUCCAGCCCGGCGAGUUCCGUGAAAGGGAACUGGAGAAGGCCGUCCCUCUCCGCGUCACCUACCUUCCUUGA